AGGGGCAUCACCUUACCACCACCACCGCCACCCGCUUCGACCUUGGCCUUUGGGGCCGGCCGGUAACGCGGCGGCAGAGAGGCCGGGCACAGGCACUCUGGAGCUGCAGGGUGGCCUGCAGCGGGCGGAGAGGAGGGGCGCCCGGCUUGGCUAUAGCUCAGCGCCACACCGCUGCACCCGGGCCCCUGCUAAUUGCGCGGGCUCUCCCCUUGGGCUUCAUGGAUUCUCAAUCCAGUUGUGUGGUGGUGACCGGUUUUGGGCCCUUCCGGCAGCACCUGGUGAAUUCCAGCUGGGAAGCAGUGAAGGAGCUCUCCAAGUUGGGCCUGGGGACUGAUAUGGCAGUGGAACUACGAACUCUGCAGUUGCCUGUAGAUUACAGGGAGGCAAAGAAGAGGGUCACCAGAAUCUGGGAAGAUUUUCAGCCACAACUUGCUGUGCAUGUGGGCAUGGACACCUCUGCCAAAGUGAUCUUUCUGGAACAGUGUGGCAAGAAUAGAAGUUACCAGGAUGCUGACAUCCGGGGCUUCCGACCUGAGGGCGGCGUGUGCCUACCAGGUGGCCCGGAUGUGAUUGAGUCGGUGGUCAGCAUGAAGGCGGUCUGCAAGAACAUUGUGGUGGAGGAUGUUGGCGUGGCCUAUUCCCGAGAUGCGGGCAGGUACGUCUGUGAUUACGUCUACUACCUCUCUUUGCAUCAUGGAAAUAGGCAUGCAGCGCUCAUCCAUACCCCUCCGCUGUCACACUGGCUCCCUGCCAGCCUGCUGGGAAGAACCUUGCAAGUCAUUAUCCAGGAAAUGCUGAAAGAGACUGGGAAAACCCAAGCUUUCAACAUGAUUUGCAGAAAACCGAACAGCCAAAGAGAAGCAACUAGGGGAUGUCUGCUUUAGAGAAAAUUAAACGUUUCAAUGAUGUGUGUAGAGUUCAAUUGUGCUUUGAGAGGCUUUUAAAAAAUUGCUUGUAAAACAGUUUACACAGAGGGGAAAAAAUUCUGAAUUAGCUCAACAAAAUCACAAAGUUAUUUUAUUGUCAGAAGAAAAAAGAACUCUUUAAAAGGCAGACAUUGCACAAGGGAUUAACUAAGUUCAGUUAUGUUUUUCAUGGCUAUGAAAUAAAAUCCUAGCAUUUUUUUCUUCUAAAGGGCACAGCAGUGGGGCUGUAUGAUUCUGCCAGAUUUCCAAGACCACAGACCCACUUUGCAGAGGCCAUGGGAACUCAGGUGCAGCCACUGUUCUAGGUGCCCUCUGCCUGGCCUCCAAACAACGCACCCAGGCCCAUGAGCGGCUUUAGAGGUACUGAGUUGCUGGUGUUUGGUUAUUUCCUCUUUUGGUGCUCAUUUUAGCCAUUUUUAAGUAUACUUUAGUGGCGUUCACUACACCUACGUUGCUGUGCAACUAUCACCACCAUCUAUUUCUAGAUCUUUCUCAUCAUCCCARAUAGUACCCAUUAAAGACCUCCUACCUAUUUCUUUCCUUUCCCCACGUUAUUGUUUAGCUCUGGAAUGUCCCUCAAAGUCUCAUAUGUUGAAGACAUUGUUAACAUUAGAAUCCUCUGCCACAGAGUCAUACAGAUCAAACCUGCCUUGGCCUGACUUUUGUCAGUGAAAGGUCUAGAGAAAAGCCUACAAAUCAGUCAAAAAUGAAGUACAGAUUUUACAUUAUAUGUAUUCAAAUUUUCUUUUCUUUUUAUAGUUUUAGUUGUAGGUGGACACAAUACCUUUAUUUUAUUUUUAUAUGGUGC